UAGCUAUCCUUCCCGCUUCGAUAAACCGGGAAAAAGACUAAUCCGACAGAGGAUUGUUCAGUUCAAGGGGAUGAAGAAUUCAGAAUAAUUUUGAUAAGUGGAUGCCAAUAUGGGGAAUAAGAAUAAGCUGAACAUUUGAUCUACUUUGAAGAAACAUACUGUCCAUUUGUCUAAAGUGGUUGAUAAUAACCAAACCAAUCAAAAUGAAUUCAACAAUAGUUUUCCAGGUUGAAAAUCAUUCAAUCAACUAUAAUUUUUCAAAGAAUAUUUCCCAGUUUUUGGCUUUUGAAAUUGAUGAUUGUCAUUUGCCUUUGGCCAUGAUAUUUACAUUAGCUCUAGCUUAUGGAGCUGUGAUUAUUCUUGGGGUCACUGGAAACUUGGCCUUGAUUGUAAUCAUCUUGAGACAAAAAGAGAUGAGAAAUGUUACCAACAUCCUGAUUGUGAACCUUUCCUUCUCAGACUUGCUUGUUGCCAUCAUGUGUCUCCCCUUCACAUUUGUCUACACAAUAAUGGACCAUUGGGUUUUUGGUCAGGCGAUGUGCAAGUUGAAUCCCUUUGUGCAAUGUGUUUCAAUCACUGUGUCCAUUUUCUCUCUGGUUCUCAUUGCUGUGGAACGACAUCAGCUGAUAAUCAACCCACGAGGGUGGAGACCAAAUAAUAGACACGCUUAUGUAGCUAUUGCCGUCAUUUGGCUUCUUGCUGUGGCUUCUUCUUUACCCUUCCUGAUCUAUCAAGUCAUGACAGAUGAACCACUCAAGAAUUUUACACUUGAUGGCUACAAGGACAAAUACGUAUGCUAUGAUAAAUUCCCAUCGGAAUUUCAUAGGUUGUCUUAUACCACUCUCCUCUUGGUGCUGCAGUAUUUUGGCCCACUCUGUUUUAUAUUUAUUUGCUACUUCAAGAUAUAUAUACGCUUAAAAAGGAGGAACAACAUGAUGGACAAGAUGAGAGACAACAAGUGCAGGUCCAGUGAAACCAAAAGAAUCAACAUCAUGCUGCUGUCCAUUGUGGUAGCAUUUGCAGUCUGCUGGCUGCCUCUUACCAUCUUUAACAUUGUGUUUGAUUGGAACCAUCAGGUUAUUGCUGUAUGCAACCAUAAUCUCUUCUUCCUGCUCUGCCACCUCACUGCAAUGAUAUCCACUUGUGUCAACCCCAUAUUUUAUGGAUUCCUGAACAAAAAUUUUCAGAGGGACUUGCAGUUCUUUUUUAACUUUUGUGAUUUCCGGUCUCGGGAUGAUGACUAUGAGACAAUAGCCAUGUCUACCAUGCACACAGAUGUUUCCAAGACUUCUUUGAAGCAAGCAAGCCCAGUCGCAUUUAAAAAAAUCAACAACAAUGAUAAUGACCUGAAACGGCUGUAGCCUAUGGUCCCAGCUCACAUCUGUUUCGAAACAAGCACAACCGGCAACAUAUUUUAUUGCCUGUUCAACCAAGGAAUGAGGUUGAACUCAUUGAGGAAAGAUGAAGAUCUUCCUGACUUGAUUUUCACUGCUUUUCUUGUGGUUGUCACAAUUACAUUGGGGGGGGGGGGGGACGUAUGGGCUUUGGAAUCUUCUGACAAAAGUUUUGACCAGACAUCCUUGAAAUGCUUUUUGUAAAUUUAUGCAUAUACUACAAAAACUUUUUAUAUUGUAUUUGUUGGAAUGAACUUUCUUUAAAGUAUUACUAU